GCUGUAUCCGCCAUCCACUCUCUAAAAAAUCUAAAAUCUCAAGAAGAUAUGGAAAAAGAUACUUUCAUUUCUCCACAUUCCUCACAAUCUCAAAAUCCUCAUCUGCUCUUCCAUUCCUUCUCCAACUGAAUAUGCAUAGUCCUCCGAUCAAAGGUUAAGUCCAUCCAAUCUGGGAGACUGGGUGGCAUCCUCCAUCUGGGGUACAUUAGAUCUGCACUCCUGAUCAGAAAAUCACGGGCCUUAUACGGGAAGAAUUCAGCGCCUAAAUAAACUAUUCAUUUGCUCAGUUUCUUUAUAAUUCAUCGAGUUACAAUAUCAUACACUAAUGAUGAAUUUGACAGAAAUAUGUGAAGUACGCUACAUUUGUUCAUGUUACCUUUGCAAACGCCGAGUCAUGCAAUAGAACAUAAAUAUUUUAAUGAACUCAUAUUUCAGAAAUUAUUACUGCACAAAUCAAUAUGGUAUUACAUGUAUCAUCAUCAUCAUCAAUGAUAUUUCAUAAAUAUUUGUUAUUUUUUCCAAAAAUAUUGGUUGAUAACUGCCAUAACUGCCAGGAUAUACAUAUAUUCUAUACACCCAUGUAUAUAUGUAUGGAUCUAUGUAUCUAUGUAUCUAUGUUUAACGCUUGGUCUUGGGAUCAUGAGAUCCUCUGCCAUCAUUGGUUCCAAGAGCCCGGCAAAUGAGGAAAGGUUGUUGUCUGGUGGUAGCCGAUUAUUGAACUUUUGCUAAUCUACCAUUUAAAAGCUAACUUCAAAUUUCUAGGAAUACAGCUAAGGUGAUGGUGAUAAUGAUGAUGAUUUGGAUGGAAAACAAUUAUUGAUAUUAACUUGAUUGGAUAUUUGUAGGUUGAUGGUUGAAUCCGCCUUACAUUAUCCCUUUGUGGAAUCAAGAUGCAGAUUUGCUCUUUCUGGUUGUGAGAAUUGUUUGAGCAUGAGAGCCAAAAAUUCUCAUGGGACUUUUGAGAAGAACAACCGUGAGAAAAUUUUCAUUGACAAACGUGGAAGAUUGAGAAGCAUUGAUCCCAAAAAGCUAUCUAGGAAAAAGGGCGGUUCUUUAAGGGGACGGGGAUGGAAGUAUGGCUCUGGAUUCGUCGACGGCAUCUUUCCUGUAAUGAGCCCUAUGGCUCAGGAACUUUUGAAAUAUUUGCAGAAGGAAAGGGAUGUGAACAAGAUCUGGCAUUCGCUUGACACUCUUUCACCCACUCACAGUAUCUGGGAUGACCUCAUCAAUGUAGCCGUUCAACUUCGUCUCAACAAACAAUGGGAUCCAAUUGUGUCCGUCUGUCAGUGGAUAUUGUACAAGAGCUCCUUCCGGCCUGAUAUCAUCUGCUACAAUUUGCUCAUAGAUGCUUAUGGCCAGAUGUCCCAGCACAGUAAGGCAGAGUCGGUUUACUUGAAGCUUUUGGAAACUCGCUACGUCCCUACCGAAGAUACUUACGCACUUCUCUUGCGUGCCUAUUGCAUUUCUGGGUUGCUACAGAAGGCGGAGGCCAUCUUUGCUGAGAUGCGAAAACAUGGUGUUCGUCCGAGUGUGGUUGUAUACAAUGCUUACAUUGAUGGGUUAAUGAAGGGAGGAAAAACUCAGAAGGCAGUGGAGAUUUUUCAGAAGAUGAAGAAAGAUCAAUGCCAGCCAUCUGCUGACACAUAUACAAUGUUGAUCAAUUUAUAUGGGAAGGUGAAUCAAUCUUAUAUGGCGUUGAAGCUAUUCAAUGAAAUGAAGAAUGAGAGGUGCGAGGCUAAUAUCUGUACUUACACUGCUUUGAUCAAUGCAUUUGCAAGGGGAGGGCUUUGUGCGAAAGCUGAGGAAAUCUUUGAGGAAUUACAGGAAGCAGGGUACGAGCCUGAUGUGUAUGCUUAUAAUGCUCUCAUGGAAGCUUACAGCCGUGCAGGUUUUCCAAAUGGAUCUGCUGAGAUAUUCUCUCUCAUGCAGCAUAUGGGAUGUGAACCAGACAGGGCUUCAUAUAACAUCAUGGUCGACGCGUAUGGGAGAGCCGGUCUUCAUGAAGUUUAUACAGAUGCUGAGGCCAUGUUUGAGGAACAAAAACGGAAGGGGCUGAUUCCGACAAUGAAGUCGCACAUGCUACUCUUGUCAGCCUACUCAAAAAACAGAAAUGUUUCAAAAUGUGAAGAAAUCGUGAAGCAGAUGCAAAAAUCAGGGCUUAAACUGGACACAUUCGUUCUGAACAGCAUGAUCAACAUGUAUGGGCGGAUGGGCCACUUUGAGAAAAUGGAAGAGGUUUUAAGCACAAUGGAAGAUGGCCCAAUUGAAGCUGAUAUCAGCACCUACAACAUCUUGAUAAACGUAUAUGGCCGGGCGGGAUUCUGGGACAGAAUGGAAGAACUGUUCAGAUCGCUCCCCAGCAGAAAUCUAGAACCGGACGUGGUGACAUGGACGUCCAGGAUUGGUGCAUACUCCAGAAAAAAGCAGUACAAAAAAUGUUUGGAGAUAUUCGAAGAGAUGGUCGAUGCGGGUUGUUAUCCGGAUGGUGGAACUGCUAAAGUGCUGCUAUCGGCAUGUUCGAAUGAGGAUCAGAUCGAGCAGGUUACGACGGUAAUUAGAACAAUGCAUAAAGAAGCAAAGACUGUCUUUUCUGCUGAAUUAACAGGCUGAAGUAAAAAAAAAUACCACUGGUUAGUAUUGUUCCUCAAUUUCUUUGUUUUUGUAGAAAUUUUUUUAUAGUCAACAUGAGGAAUUAUAUGAUCCUCUUCCCCUGUUGUUGUA